AUGCUGAUGAGGAAGCAGGAAGGGAAGCCUAUAACAAGGAAGCAGAAAAAUGAAGCUUGUCGGCUUGAACUACUUAGGAAUCAGUUUCUUACGCAGAAGUCUAAGUCAGCUCCUGCUAAAGAAAAUGGCGGGGCUUCUGCAACAAACAGUGCGGACGACCUGCAGCUGAAGGAAAUGAAUGCAGCUAAAAACACGAAUACUAGAGAGGUAGACUCAAUAUUAUCUAAUUCUAUUGAGGAAGUGGAAGUUAAGCAUGAGAAUGAAGGUAAAUCAGUUGAGGAGGAAGAAAUUGAGGACAAAGAAUGGCACACAAAGAGCUGGGGUGAUAGUGAUGUCCAAAUCCUGGUCAAGAGCGCCUUUGCCAGUGAAGAGGUUGAGCCAAGUGUGGUGAAGAAAGAAGCCAAGUGUGCAACAUCACCGGAUUCUGGUACCGCGGUGAAGCCAUAUACUGCUUCUGGUGGAGGUGUUCCUCAAUAUUUAGAAUGUGAAGACGUUAAGAGUGAUGUUGCGGCUAAGAAUAGAAGAAAGGAUGCUGCAGCUAAACGAGAAGCACAGACUAUGGAGGUACCUCCGAAAAGGGGAGAAGAUAAACUGCGUUCUCCAAUAUGUUGUAUUAUGGGACAUGUUGAUACUGGUAAAACGAAGCUACUAGAUUGCAUCCGCGGAACUAAUGUCCAGGAAGGCGAGGCUGGAGGAAUUACACAGCAAAUUGGGGCAACCUAUUUUCCUGCCGUGAACAUAAGAGAGAGAACCCGGGAGUUAAAAGCAGAUGCAAAGUUACGGGUCCCUGGUCUUUUGGUUAUUGAUACUCCAGGACACGAGUCGUUUACUAACUUGCGUUCACGUGGGUCUGGGUUAUGUGAUAUUGCAAUUUUGGUUGUUGACAUUAUGCAUGGAUUGGAACGACAGACUAUUGAAUCCCUGAAUCUUCUGAAAAUGCGGAACACAGAGUUCAUAGUUGCGCUGAACAAGGUCGAUAGAUUAUCUGGUUGGAAAACGUGCAAGAAUAAACCUAUUUUCAAAGCCAUGAAGCAGCAAUCUAAGGAUGUCCAGAUGGAAUUCAAUUGGAGGCUCACUCAGAUCAUUACUCAGUUGAAAGAACAGGGUCUCAAUACUGAGUUGUAUUACAAAAAUAAAGAAAUGGGGGAAACCUACAAUAUUGUUCCAACAAGUGCAAUCAGUGGUGAAGGCAUCCCAGAUUUGCUGCUAUUAUUGGUUAAGUGGACUGAGAAAACUCUGGUGGAGAAGCUUAUGUUUACCAAUGAAGUUCAGUGCACGGUGUUGGAGGUUAAGGCUAUUGAAGGUCAGGGGACAACUAUUGACGUGGUAUUAGUAAAUGGAGUGCUUCAUGAGGGGGAUCAGAUUGUGGUUUGUGGUACACAGGUAUUCAGUAUGUAA